CAAACAUGUCAGCGCCCAUUGACGGAUGUUUGAAAAAUGUAACUUGGUAUUGAAAUUUUAGCGAUGAUUUUGUAUUGAAAAUCAACAUUUCUUUAAUCCAUUCACCUUUCAAGAAAUAUUCCCAGUCCUACCACUGUGCCAGGGGCGCAAUUGGUGACAUGAAAACAUUUUCAGUUUGUGUUGUGACAUUGCCAUGGGAUUGAGUUUUAAAGUUUACGUAGCUCCGAUUGGAAUUGCCAUUCGUUGCAUCAUUCUAAUCCCGGAUGCCAAUAAAACUUCACAGAGAUCUGCAUAUUGCUAGAACAGUUAGAUCACCUUAUACCCAAUGAUAUAGUAAUUGAAGAAGAACGAACGUGUUUAAAAUGGCUAUCCAGCAUCAAGCUGACGGAAACUUUGGCGAUUCACUUAGCGAUAGUAGGGACGAGGAGAUAAACGAACUGAAAAUAAAAUGGGAGAGUAUACAGGAUGAGUUGAAGACUAAAUUGAUCACAGAGAACACAGAAGAAUGGCAGAGUAUGAAAUGUUUCGAAGGACUCAAAUAUAUUGGUGGUGUUGAUCUAUCAUUCGUCAAGGGAGAUGAUGUCAAUGCGUGCGCAUGUUUGGUGGUUUGCUCAUUCCCUGAUCUGGAGGUCCUGUACACUGACUUUACAAUGGUAGAGUUGACAGCUCCUUACAUUCCAGGAUUUCUGGCAUUCCGUGAAGUGGAUUUCUUAGUGGACUGUUUAAACAAACUGAAAUUUACCAAACCUGAAAUUGUUCCCCAGGUUAUACUUGUGGAUGGCAAUGGUUUACUCCACCCAAGAGGUUUUGGUACUGCUUGCCAUCUGGGUGUUGUGACAGAUAUUCCAUGCAUCGGUGUUGCUAAAAAACUUUUUCAAGUGGAUGGGUUGGAGAAAAAUGAGGAUCAUCUUCAGAAGAUCCUACAGUUGAAAAAGGGAGGAGACGUGUUUCCAUUGGUUGGUGAAUCGGGACGUGUAUAUGGCAUGGCUUUACGCAGCUGUGACAAGAGUACCAAUCCUGUAUAUAUUUCCAUUGGACACCGAAUUAAUUUACCAACAGCGCUGAAAUUAACGCAAAGCUGUUGUAAACACAGAGUGCCUGAACCAGUCAGACAGGCUGAUAUCCAGUCGAGGGAGUAUUUGAGGCAACAUUUCCAUGGUUCAACAGACAAUGAGACUCUGGAGCGUGGGCUGGAAUAA